AUGGACUGUCGCAAACUUCCCCUUCGCAUUCUCUAUACCCUAAACGGCAACCCCCAGUAUAUUCUGGCCCGUUCUGCCGGGGUCGUACCCAUUGAACUCAUUCCUCUUUCAACCAAUGCCACCGCCAGCUCAUCACAUACUCCUCCACCAGCACGAUAUGCGACGACUUCCCUCAAGACCUGUCUCGACACUAUGUGCCAUUCGAGCCCAGAGCUCAUCCAAGACCGCACGCGCGACUUUUCGGUCUAUCUUCUUGACCCGCUCGAGGCUGACUGUGUUCCCACACAACCAAGCUCAUUUCAGUCAAAUACAAACCCCCCUGCAGACCCUACCGUCGCUGUAGGACUCGGCUUGAUGUCGUGGGCAUUGGCGGCCGACGAACACGAUUCCGUCCCAGUAACUGGUACUCUCAAAGCCAACGCAGGAGGGAGAGAAAUGCUGGAGCUGAUAUUCUCAUUACGUUCGACUGCACCGAUGGAAAAGGCAUCAUUGUCGGAUACUCUGCGUUCAUGGAGCCUUCCAUCACUCCCAUCUUCCCAGCCAACCACUGCAUCCCAAGAAAGUCGAAAGCCUACGAAAUACCCACCUAGUCGAGGGACAUCGAAAGCCCGUGCCGCUCCUACAACCAAGUCGGAUGCAUUCCUCAAGGGGGACAUCUACAUUGGCCCAGCGCGGCAACCUGUAGGGCGGCGGCCAAGGUCAAACACGUCAACAGAGAAUCGCAAGCCCGCUGCGAAAGGCCAGGAGGAAGCGGUAGAACCAUUACCCCCACCUUCGAAAGCGGACAAUGAGAAGAUUGUCGAUUUUUUAGCUUCAUUUCCUUCUGACGAGGAGAGGAACAGGGCGUUGAAUGGCAUCAUACAGCUCGUUCAAGAUAAAAAUGGGUCAUCAAGUACUGAGUGGAUCAAUGCUAUUGCCAUGCUUGCCACGAUAUCUCAGUCAACGCCGAAUUCCCAACCUGGACCGACAUUAUCGCGGAGCCAAUCGCAACCGGAGGGUGUCGCUCUUUUUGCCCACCACGCGCGUCGCAAAAGCUCUUCGGCAGAGGAGCCUGUUCCGUUGAAUAAAGAGAAUGUCAACCCUCACCAAAGGCCGCAAGCUAAAGGAAAUACAGCUCCUCUUGGAUCAGCUUGGUCAGAGCCUUCUCUGGCCACCCAGCCAGCACCACUAGCUGCCUCCAAUCAAACGCCAUCCCGCAAGCGCAGUUGGAAUGACUUUCUAGACGGUUCGGAACCAGCGGACACCCAAAGGCAGCGAGGGCAAUACUAUCGACAGCCUGAAGAAGCUUUGCAGGUUGUUGCAGCCUCGUCACCUGGCCCGUCUGUCCCUCGUCGUCUCGAAGCAAUGCCAAUGGUCGCCCCAUCCAGGCCCAUAAUUUCCGCGUCUUCCCCAGUUCGCGGUUUACGAAGAAGACCAACACCAGCUUGGGCAAUAACGAGCACGGCAACGAAGCCGCGGUUUUCUAAUGAUGUUUUAGAGAGAGUGCGGCUACAGCAAGAACGGAAGGAAGAGGAGGCGAAGGAUGGGAGGCGCCAGAAAGCACGAGAGUUCCGACGAAGACAGAGAGAAAGCAAAACAACACAGUCAUCUGACCCCCCUUCGAUGCAACCAAGAGCCGUGUCUGGUCCUCCAACAGCGCCAACAACGCCUUUACGCUCAUCAACGAACACUGCGUCCCUUCCAGGGCCCAUAACAGCAGUUGGUGGUUUUUCUUUGGGCCCACAAACCCCUCGAAACAAUCGUUCACCCGAACUAACGCCCAAGAAUGCUCCGUGUACCCCUCCUCGAAAACGUGCCAACACCAUUACGUCGUCUGCUGGUCCCAGUUCUUUGUUUACCCCAGCAUCAACUUCAUGGGACACAGUUAACGCCCUCGCACUGCAAAAGACACCAAUGUCGCCGUCAAAUCGAACCAAGAACAAAGCUCAUGACCAGGGCGACAGUACCGCUGAUGUUCUUCUUGACCAAGAACUGGACAACGCAUUCGACGAGUUAAGUUCUUGCCCUGCCACAUCUGGUGAUCACCAGAAUGGAGAGGACUACGAUACAGAAGAAAGUGAUGGAGAUGUUGCCCCACCGCCACCACCAAAACAGCACUGGGAAGGCUUACCGCCAUCGUCGCCACCCCCACCAUCGAGCCCUUACCUUUUGCCCACAAGAAUGAUGGAGGACGAUCUUGACGGUGGGUCUGAGCCGGAGAAUUCGGCUUCGCCAGCUGCAACAAGCGAACUUCCCACUUGCGAAAUCCACCAGUUGUUGAGCAUGGAUGUGUAUUCCACCGCUGCCGCUCCAAGCGACGAUGCGGCUAUUUUCGAGCAAUUCAUGACGCAGAUGGAUUCUGAUGACAGCCAGACGAUAGAGAAUUGGGGAUUGGGAGAGCUUGAGACACCGGACUUUGACUUGAACGAGUUUGUGAACGCUUGUCGCCCACUAUUAGAGGAAGGACAGAGUGAAGCAGGAGAAGGGACAUUUUUUGACGCUGCCAAAGUUGCUCAGGAUAUUCAGUCGCUCCUGAAUGGUUGUGUUGUGUAG